GCCAGCCGGUCACUGCUGAUGCUACUUCCUGUUAGCAUUAGCUGCUAACGAUUCUCAGAAACAUGACGGCUGCGGAGUCAGACGUGCUGUCUGAGAUCGAGGUGCUUCAGUCCAUCUACCUGGACGAGCUGCUGGUGGGCAGCAGGGAGGACGGAGGCUGGGAGGUCAGCCUGGUUCUCCACCCGUCCACUGCCGAGGACUCGGUCUCCCAGUUCGUCCGACUGACGCUGACCUUGACCCUGGAUCAGCAGUAUCCCUGGUCGGCUCCUGCCAUCUCCAUCCAGAACCCUCGCGGACUCUCUGAUGACAAACUGAGCAGUGUCACCAAAUGUCUCCAGCUGGAGGCUCAGGCCUGCCUGGGCUCCCCGGUGCUCUACCAGCUCAUCGAGAAAGCAAAAGAAAUCCUGACCGAGAGCAACAUUCCUCAUGGGAACUGCGUCAUCUGUCUGUACGACUUCAAGGAGGGCGAAGCCUUCACUAAAACCAGCUGCUACCACUACUUCCACUCCCACUGCCUGGGCCGCUACGCCCGCCACUCAGAGAGGGAGCUGCAGGAGAGGGAGAGGGAGCUGGAGGAGGACAAGACCCGGGACCACAGCCUGCAUCAGGAGCUGACCGUGGUGUGUCCGGUGUGCAGGGAGCCUCUGACGUACGACGUUGAUCAGCUUCUGUCUUCUCCGGCUCCACAACUUCCCGAGCUUGAUGAGUCGGCCGUCAGCUCAGAUUUCCAGCAGAAAUGGCGAGAACUCCAGAAGCUUCUGGAGAAGCAGCGGUCCAACGGAGGGAUCAUCGACCCCGAGGUGGAAUCGAACCGCUUCCUCAUCCACAUCAACGAGACUCCUGAAAACGGGACCCUGGAGGUGGACGGCCCCCCCGCCGCCCCGGUGUCCUCCACCCUGCCCCCCGAGGAAACCCGAGUCAGAGCGGACCUUUUCGGUCCCGGGCCGCCUCCGGGCCGUGGCGUCCAGGGCCACAGGCGUCAGUACCAGGCGAGGGGCCCGAGGAGAGGCGGGGGUCGGGGCCGGGGCCGGCCCCACCCCGGCAGAGCGCCCCCUGUGGCGGAGCAGCUGGACAAACUCAGUCUAUCCUCAGACUGUCCCGAGGGCACCGCCGGGGCCCGAGCUCAGGGACCGCACAUACCGGAGGGGCAACGGGAGGCUUGCGCCCCUCCGGAGGGCCCGCCGGCGUGUCAGACGAGGCCGGAGAUAGAAUCCCUCAAAGACGCCGCGGAGCCUGCCGGCGGCCACCGGGGUCGAAGGCGGGGCCCCCACCAGCCUCCACGCCACUACGGACCCCCGCGGUACCACUGGGACGGGCGAGCGCCGAGGAGCAGAGGAGGGGGCGGAGCCAACCACCUGUGUGGAGGAGGCGGGGCCCGGCGGGGGCACGGCCGGGCCCCCCAGCAGAGGCCGGCGGACCGAGAAGAGGUGCUAUGACAAAGGGCAGCAGGAGGACCAACGAACGCCGCUGUGUGUGCCUCCAUCGUCAGCCCGACCCCACAGACCCCGCCCCCCUCCUGUACGCCGCCAUCGUCCCUGCCUCCAGUUUGCACUUUCACGCACUCAGACAUCGGGAGAGUCCGAAGCAUCGGAAACGGGCAGUUGUUGCUUUUUGUGGUGAUGCUAAAUGACUUGGAAGAACUUGAAAAUAAAUUUUUCUCCGGAU